GGCAAUGGCAACCCACUCCAGUAUUCCUGCCUGGAGAAUCCCAUGGAUGGAGGGGCCUGGUGAGCUACAGUCCAUGGGGUCACAAAGAGUUGGUCACGAGUGAGUGACUUCACUUUCACUGUUCUUUUCCCCCACCCAGUAGUUCUUGAAGAUCCAGAUUUGGGGACCUCAAGGAGGACCAGUUUAAAAGUUUAAACAAUUAUUGAGGGAUAAGAACACACACAAAGAAGCACAACUGAUCUAUAAUUUUUUUUGGCAAAAGAAAGGGCAUGUAAAAAAGUAGGGAAAAGGCUCAGAAUAAACUGUAAACUUCCUAAAAAACUGGAUUUCCUGACCUCAUUUUGUUUGAAUCAUUUCAGUGGGGCCUGAUCAAGCCUUAGAAACCACAGCCUCAGCCCUUCCUGUGGCUGAGGUCUGAGGCUAUGCAUCCUUGCCCAUGCUUCAUGCUACCACAGGAGAAGCACACUUUUCUUAUAGCCUCAGAGUAGAUUAACCAUCAGAUGCUGUGGCCGAGGCUCUUCCCUCAGGAGUGAGGAGGGCUGUGCGCCCCAGGGAGAGUCCAGCCAGGGGCAUCUUACUCCCAGCUGGAAGCAGGAGACUAAUUGUCAAGGCUACUCAGAACCAUGGCCAUAACUGUUUUAGAGAUGAAAACUCUUCGACUAAGCGGUGGGGAGAUAGCAGUCAGAGGUGGUCCUUACUUAUUCUGCAGUCGGGCCCAGCGAAGCCGGGGGCGCAUUCACAGCGGUACCAGUUCUCACCAUCCACGCAUGUGCCACUGUUGUAACUACAAGAGCAAAGGCCACUUGGUUACCACCUCCCUGUCUGCCACUUCCCCCACCAAAGGCAGCCCCACACCGGUUAUGAUGGGUAGCUCUCAGCCCUGCCCACACGCACCAGUGCCUGGGUCCCACCCCCAGAGCGUGCAAUUCACAGUUCCUGGUUGCAGGAGCUCUGGUUGCGUCCCAGGCACUAAACCCUCCCCGGUGAUUCCUGUGUACAGCCAAGUCUGAGCAUCACUGCUCUAAACGCGGACACCAUCUGACUGAAGUGUGGCCCACGAACUGGAGUGAUGGGCACUGCCUGGGAGCUUGUUGGAAAGAAGGAAUCUGCAGCAACCCCCAGCUCUCCUGAAUCAGAAGCUGGAUUUUAUAUAGGAGGCCCACACUUGUCACCGCCAACAAGUGCCUGCAUAACAGGGCGUCAUGCUUACCAGGGAUGAGGACUGCAGUCAUUGGUGUCUGCAAAGUAAAAAAAAAAAAUUCAAAAACUUAACAGCGACGCCUUCUUAGCCCUAAGUGAAAACACCCGUGAUUUCCACGAUACCCAAAUGAUAAGGCUGUCAUUAACGCCAGCAGGAGGAGCUUAAGGCCCCUGCUCAGCUGGAACCAGGCCCACAUCACACUGCUGCCGUCACCGUGGGACACUCGUACACAGGAAGAGGCCCCGGGAGGGCUGGGCAGGGGGAUGUGAGGAUGGCUCUUGGUCAGACCAGGGCCGGGAAGCAAGCCGCCAUCGAAGCCCACGAGCGAGAUGCCGGUGGCCGUGGGUCCCUAUGGACAGUCCCAGCCAAGCUGCUUUGACCGCGUGAAGAUGGGCUUCGUGAUGGGUUGCACCAUGGGCACAGCAGCAGGGGCACUCUUCAGCACCUUUUACUGUCUCAGGAUGGGAAUUCGGGGCCGGGAGCUGAUGGGCAGCAUCGGAAAAACCAUGAUGCAGAGUGGCGGCACCUUUGGCACACUCAUGGCCAUCGGGAUGGGCAUCCGAUGCUAAUCAGGGCAGUGGUUGCCCGCAACAUCCACCCCUUCCCAUCAGUUCCAUCCCAUGUGUACUGUAAUAAAGCAAGUCUUUGAGUAUUCGGAAAAAGAAAGAAAGAUUAAUCAUAAUGGAAACGAUUCUACAGAUAAAAAAUGUUUCUCUUGUGGCCAAAUGGGGCAUUUUUGCCGGCGAUGUCCUGCCAAGCAGGGACAACAAGCCGUGCCAAUCAACCCCAGGUAGCGCAGGACUGGACCUCAGUUCCACCACCGCAACAAUAUUAACCCCUGACGUGCCGGUUACUCCGAUUCCAACGGGAGUGGCUGGCCCCCUACCUGAGGGCAUUGUAGGACUUGUGCUGGGGCGUAGCUCGCUUUC